AGGGAAUCAAGAAUCUGACUUUGGCUUGGCAUUACUGUACUUUGAGCGAAUCUUCUCUUCGUAAUAUUGUGCUGUAAAUUGUGAAGCACAAUGAUGAAUACAUCAUCGACUGCAACUGCGACUGUAGUGAUUGUCCGGACGAGGUUGGGAACUAUGGAAUGAGUGAAACCACGUCACGGUUGGAAACAUGGCAUUUGACGCUACAUUCAUUACCUGGAAACAAUCUGUGCGCUCGUCAUCGAGGGACAGGAUCGGAAAAUGUGCACACUCCGCAGUCGUGGAAUGCGCUCAACACGAAGAAUGUACGAAGAUACUGGCUGCCGCAGUCGAUUCGACUUCGGCGUGGAUAAUGCAGAAUUUGUGGCCCGCCGUCUCGUCUUAACUAGCUGGCGCCGAUCAGCGCGAGAUGUUAGUUUGUUCCGAACCGAUUUAUGAACAAUAGAGCUGUAAGCUGUCCGUUACUCCCAAGAGAUCGAUUUCAAGUGCGGUAGGGCCAAAAUACCCCUGCAAUGCUAUAUUCCUGUAUAGUAGUUCAUGUCGCGCUGGAUCAUGUGGACCUGUCGAAGUAAAAGGGUAGACGAUCAGAGGAAGGGAAGGACGAGGAUUACAGCAAGUUUUGACCGAAGUUGGAUAGUACUGAUCUAGAUAGGAAUAUAAACUCCUUAUCCGAGCGGGGAGAAGUAUUCAAGUUCGCGAAAAUGGACGAGUAUCAGCACAUGGAGAGGUUUAGCAUGGAGAACGAUUACACCGAUGGGCAGUGGGUCGGUGGAGAGUAUUACUAUCGUAAGCGGAAGGAGAAGCAUAACCAGACCAAGGAAGAGGCGUUGUAUGGAAUUUUUGAGGAGAGCGAUUCAGACGAGGAUUCUUCCAAGAGAAGACGGCGUGGGGAUGUAAUGAAGAAGAGUGAUUUGACGAAGCCUGUCGCGUUUGUGUCGACGGGGAUCGUGAAGCCCACUGAAGAGGCUGAGAAGGUGGUAGUAGAAGAGGAUGAGGAUGGGGAGAGACCGGGAUUAGGUUCAGGAUUAGGUUUCAAAUCUGCCAGGGCAAGGAAAGAUGAGGAAGAGGAUCAGGAUCUUCUGCCCACCGCUUUCGGUCGGCAAAUUAUAGAGGCUGCAGAGAGGAGGCAGAAGGAGAAGGAGAUGGCCAAAGUCUCUGCGUCCAAGACCAAGGCUUCGGAACUCGGAGUCGCCGUAGGUCCUGAGGUAGGUACAUUCGAAAAGCAUACCAGGGGAAUAGGGUUGAAAUUACUGGAGAAAAUGGGGUACAAAGGAGGUGGUUUGGGUAAAAAUCAGCAGGGUAUUGCGGCCCCAAUUGAGGCAAAACUUAGACCCACGAAGAUGGGAAUGGGGUUCAACGAUUUUAAGGAGACGAGCACGGGCUUGCCACCUGCUCCCGGUACAGAGGUUCUUCAGGAGAAGGCCAGGGAAGUGAAAGACAAGCCCAAAGAGAAGCUGUGGCACAUUAGGAAUCGUAACAAGAAAAAGAAGGAUUAUGUGACUGCCUCAGAGCUCCUCACACAAAAGCAGGGAGUGGAGACUGUACAAACUGUGCUGGAUAUGAGAGGGCCUCAGGUGCGAGUUUUAACAAAUUUAGAGAGCUUGAACGCGGAGCAUGUUGCGAAGGAAGAGAAUACACCUAUGCCGGAACUUCAGCAUAAUAUCAGGCUUAUUGUAGAUUUAGCCGAAGCAGAAAUUCAGAUGUGUGACCGGAAGUUGGCGCAUGAGAGAGACUCCAUUGUCGUUUUGGAGAAAGAAACAGAGCGGUUGCAAAGAGAGGUGAUAACUCAGAAACAGCAAAUAGAUGUCAUGGAAACUAUCAUGGGCUCUAUCCGAAAGUUGCAAGAGAAAGUCGCCGCGGGUGGGAUGAGUCUAGAAUCCUUGGCUGGCUCGUUCGCCACGCUGCAGGCUACACACAGAGAGGACUACAAACUUUACAACGUAGGAAUUAUUGCUCUUUCUUAUGUGAUGCCGUCGAUGGUCACACUCUUUCGAGGUUGGGAACCACUUCAACACCCGCUCCAUGGCAUUGACGUCAUGAGUGCCUGGCAAGGUCUAUUACAGGGUGACGAACCCAAGGAUUACUCUAUUUUCUCGGAUUCCGAUUCUGCAUACGGAGGUCAUUCUUCUCCUUACACUCAACUCGUGAUGGAGGCCAUAAUGCCUGCGGUUCGCACUGCAGCCACAAAUUUUUGGGAACCACGGGAUCCGGAGCCGAUGCUGAGGUUUCUGGAAGCAUGGGAGAAGUUGUUACCUUCUGGAAUCUUGCAAAACAUCUUGGAACAUCUAGUUAUGCCGAAAUUGACAGUAGCUGUAGAUGUGUGGGAUCCUCGUCAAGAAACCGUGCCUAUUCAUGCUUGGCUUCAUCCAUGGCUACCGCUUCUUGGUUCACGUAUGGAGGGUCUAUAUUUGCCAAUAAGGUACAAGCUCACAAAUGCUCUGCAGGCGUGGCAUCCUAGUGAUACCUCAGCUUACUCCUUGCUGUCCCCAUGGCAAUCUGUUUUCGACGCAGCUAGUUGGGAGCAGCUGCUAGUCCGUUCGAUCGUGCCAAAAUUAAUGUAUGCACUCCAAGAAUUAGUUGUGAAUCCUGCCCAUCAGCAGUUAGAAGAAUUCAACUGGGUUAUGGCUUGGGCUACGGCCGUGCCAAUACACCACAUGGCCGGAAUGUUAGAAGCUGGCUUCUUCCCUAAGUGGCAACAGGUGUUAUAUCACUGGCUGUGCUCAAAUCCGAACUUUGAUGAGGUCACUCAGUGGUACUUGGGCUGGAAAUCAUUAUUCCCUCCAGAGCUAUUAGCAAAUGAGAGGAUACGGAGGCAGUUGAAUGUGGCACUGGAUAUGAUGAACCAAGCUGUGGAGGGAGCUCCUGUUGUCCAGCCUGGUGCGAGAGAAAAUGUAAGCUACCUACGAGUCACAGAGCAGCGUCAAUUUGAGUCCCAGCAACAAGCUGCCUUCACCAAACAACAACAACAACAUGCGGCAUCCACCUAUGGAGUAGAUAAUCAUGGAGCAGAAAAUAUGAGUUUGAAGGAGAUUUUGGAAGGAUUUGCCCAAGACAACGAUGUGCAAUUUUUGCCAAAGCUUGGACGCGUGCACGAGGGCUUGCAGGUGUAUGGGUUUGGUUCGAUUAGUGUAUGUGUGGAUUCUGCAAAACAGAAGGUGGUUGCGCAAACAGGAGACAUGUGGGUGUCUGUCUCAUUGGAGCAACUCUUGGAGAUGCACCGCAGUCGAAGUGGAAGCCGUUGGAAGUAAGUAUGCUUGUCUGAACUUGGAUACACAAGAAUCUCUGCCUCUCAUUUGUUCGUGGCAAGAAACCUCGGAAAGUCGUUCAAGCAGCAACAUGUCUACCGAGAAGGCCUCAAAACAAUAAAAUCUAGAGCUUGCAGACGUAGAUGGCCAAGGUUCUUGAAUGAACUUAGUAUCUCCAGCAAGGCAAGUUCCGCGGUUUUUGAGUAUGGUCACAAAGAGCAUCCUCUCUAUGAGCUCUCGAUGAGGAGAGGGUGCAAAUCAGUGUAAACUUCUUACGUUACGAUAUUUUGGACACGCUGCCCAUGGCAGUAGUCAUAAAAUUAUCGGGAUACCAGAUUGUUCAGAAAGCAAACAGUGGCCAGAAAUCUUUGGUAUCGGAUGGUCUGCCUUCCUCUUUUCCACCGGGUUCAGCGGUUGGCUGACAUGCCAAGAAAGGAGAACAGAGAAGUAUGACAUUUACUGGCGUUUGGAGCAGGCAAUGUAUAAUUAGGCUCGAGAACUGCGUAUCUUGUGCAAGCCGAACGUCUGCUUAUGAAGCUCACGAGCUUCACGAAAGAUGUUUUAGAUAAUAAGAUGGCUUCAAACUUAUCGAUCUAUGAGGUAAAUGAUUCAUUCAAAUCCCAUGUACAGCCAGUUUCCAAGGACAUACCUAUACACAGUAGCAGAUUGCAGGGAUUCAAAAGUUCUCAUGACACUGCAUUUACUGCUGUUUAUCUUUUUCUUGGAAGUUCCGUAAGUAGACCAGUAGAGGGUGAAAACUAGCGGGAAUAUGUGUACGUAGCAUAUGCGUAGUGUACUGAAAUCGCUGUAGAGGGCUCUCCAGUUUUGUUUACUUCUAAGGUCAAAGAUUUUGUAGAUACUCGGAGAAAGACCUCCAAGUUUUGAUAUAUUGAAUUCCGAGAACAAAGUAGCUAGGAUUGGUUAGGAACUUUUGCAGUCUGAAGGGACCAGAAUAAACUGUAAAGUAUUCAGAACUUUUCGGAGUUAAUGUACUGUGCCUGGGCGGGAAUUUCAUGGGUCGUUUUUCACAAACACACUUGGGACAUCCUAGCGGCCACGAUACGCUUGGGUGCAAAUUUCUUAGGAGUCGAGUUGCUUUGCUUCAAACUGCCAGACUCUUAAUUACCAAGUGAAUCUUCGUUUUAUGUUUUGAACAAUAGUCAUUCCAUAAUUAAGGAAUAUCCCAGUAAAUGUGUAAUAAUAUGACGACAAGGUUCGUGUUUGUGAAAAGAAGUUCAUUCCGUUUCGAUCCUUGUUCGUUACGAAUGGCACUACUUGAAAAUUUGGUUCUCUCGGAGUUCAGAUUGUGACUGCGGGAGAUCUGAUAGAGUAUGCGACCGUGUGUGAGAACAUGAGUUGCCGUGAUUUAUAUUGCUCUGCCCUAGGUCAUAUUGAGAUUUACAAAAUUAUCUUCAUGGAAAUUUUA